AAAUAAUUUGAAGAUGCUGUAUUAUUGUGCUAUUGAUGUAUGUAACCUGAAGAUGUGGUACUCUAAAAGCUAAUUGACUUUAUAUCAGUAUGGGGACGGUAGUUGAGGAGUCUCAAACGGUUGAUGUUACGACAGGAACUACCCACAUCAACUCGAGUGAAUCACCAGUCAAACAGGUUGACUCCCCAGCCAAAGAAGCAGUUGAAAUUGUUGUGGAACAAACAAGUGCUCCUGCAGUUGUGGAGAAUAUUGAGGAGACGAGCCCGCUAGGGAAGAGAAUCCGGCGAGCUUCUUCGAAAUAUGAGGAUGUUGAAAGUAAAACUCUACUGGUGGGUGAAAUGGUGAAAGAUGAAGUGCCGCCAAACCCAGACGGUUCAGAAAACCUAGGCUUCACCACCACUCGCCUUCAGUUCCUUCUUAAUAAGAUAGUAAAACCUCUAUGGAGGAACCGAUAUUGCUGGCCAUUUCAGAAACCAGUCGAUCCAGUCGCUCUCAAUAUACCGGAUUAUUUAACGGUUGUUAAGAAACCAAUGGAUUUCGGCACAAUCAAGAAGAAUAUUGAGGAUCACGUCUAUACUGACGCUGAAGAGGCAUUGGCCGACUGCCAACAAGUCUUUGACAACUGCUUUCUCUACAACAAGCCGCAAGAUGACAUAUAUUUCAUGGCAAAGCAACUGGAGGCAGUAUACCAGGAGAAACUGAAAGCUUUCCCGGAUCACGAGGUGAGGGACGACAAGCCCGAAGUACGUGUUACAAAGACCACAAAGCCUGCUGUGGCACCAAAGUCUGCACCUGUGACGUCAUCCUCAGCUUCAACUCCCAUUACCCCCACCACAAAAAGUAAUUACCCUAUCCCGGCUUUUCCUGGUGCCCCCAUCAGAACCGUUGCCACUCAAAAACACUCCCCCAUGCCAUUCAGUUUAGGUAAAAUGUCAACUAAACAAGAGUCCAAAGAGGACGUGAGUAGUACCUCAGUUCAAGUGACUGUAAAGAAAGGGGUGAAAAGGAAAGCGGAUACAACCACCCCUCUCUCGAGUGACCAGGUCAGCACGACUACUCUUUCCCCCGUCGUUCCUAAAACUAAAGCUGUUCGUAACAGACAUCCCAAAAAAGUCGUAUCACCAUCAUCAUUUGAGAAACCAAAACAAAGCACCGAGUUACGGCAGUGUCACACGUUACUUAAGGAAUUGAUGGGUCGUAAACACAAGUCAAGUGCCUGGCCUUUCUACCAACCUGUUGACCAUGCCAGUCUGGGACUACACGACUACCUCACUAUCAUUAAGAAACCCAUGGACCUCGGUACUAUCAGGGCUAAGAUGGAGAAGGGAGAGUACACUGAUGAUAAGGAGUUUGCGGGAGAUAUGAGACUGAUAUUUAGUAACUGUUAUCGGUACAACCCUCCUGGACAUGAUGUUGUUCUCAUGGCUAAGGAACUAGAGAUCUCAUUUGAGUCACGCUUCAAGAAAAUCGUGGAACAAGCUCAAGUAAGACAGACCAAGAAGAGCUCCGAAUCCGUCAAAACUCCUUCCAAACCCACACCACCAAUAGCCAGAUCAACGCCCCUUCCUGCUAAAAUGACGUUGAAGUCCCCUCCCUCUGCCCCUCCCCCAGAGAAGAUUGUUGUAGUUGAUCAGGUUGUGGAUACCUCCAGUGAGGCUGAAUCCGAGUCAGAACUGGACCUGUCAUACGACAACGCUAUCGAUGACUUGAAGGGACAGAUAAAGAUAUUCGAACAACAGAUAGCUCUGCUAACGAAACUGAAAGCAAAGCAAAAGAAGGCCAAGAUGGCCAAAACAUCCCACAGCGUGCCACCCAGCCCUGUAACCAGUCCGGUCCUUGCCAGUCCUCCACCCCGACCAGUUCAGCCUCUUCCACCGCCUACUCCGCCUCCUCCACCUCCCCCUCAACCUGCAGCACUUCCUCCACCACCUAUCAAAUCUCCUAAACCUAAGCCUCCCCGAAAACCAAGGGAGCCUAAACCUCCUAAAGAACCCAAGAAACCUCGGGCACCUAAAGCUCCAAGAGUUAACAAACGUCAAUCCAAAAAGGCAGAACAUUCUGAGAGGAUAACGAUGGCCACAGCCACGUCUACCACCCCCACACUCCGAGAAGAGGACUGUAAACCCAUGACAUACGACGAGAAGAGACAACUCUCACAGAACAUCAACCAGCUGCCCGGAGACAAGCUGGGCAAGGUCGUCCUUAUCAUUCAGAGCAGAGAACCCAACUUACAGGGUCAAGAUACGAACCCAGAAGAAAUUGAAAUCGAUUUCGAUACCCUCAAACCAUCCACUCUCCGAGAACUUCAGAAGUACACCGAUGACUGCCUUAAAGAACAGAAAAAGAUUCCCCCUUUGAAGAAGACAGUGGGAUUGCGGCCAGAAGAGAAGCUGAAGAGAAGGGAAGAGCUGGAACAGAGAUUGAAGGACACCAGUACCAGCUCCAAAUGUGGGAAGCGACAAAAAUCUGUCCAGAACAUGUCCCGGUUAAGUUCCAGUUCGAGCUCAGAAACAGACAGCGACUCCUCGGACGACGAACUGUGAUGACGGGUGUUAUUGAAACAGAUCGCGCGUUGUCAUGUCAACGACCCAAUCAUAACCUUGUCGCGACAACGCAAAUUUUCCUCGAUUGUCGAUCUACUAUUUACUGCUUCAGUUCCUAACCAAUUAGGAAGAAAACUUGAGAAUUUGUACAGAUGAAUAUAUCAAUACAUAAUAUAUUAAUUAUAUCUGAUCUUGAUCUGGGUUAUAAUGUAGCCUAAAGCGCUGCGACCAUCGGAUAAGAUUUAAUUAUCAAUUAUUAACGUGUUUAAUUGAUUAGAUUUAAAGUUCAAGCAAGAACAGAAGAAUUAGAUUUUUAUAAGUUGUAUUCUGUGGUUUUUAGAGGACAAACUUUUCUGUCCAUUUUCCUGUUUUCUCGAUGAUUUGCACACGCUAUGUUAAGAAUAAUUUUAAACUGAAUAGAAUUCUCAAAACUUAAACUAACCAUUUCACAACACUGUUUUUCUCUCGGAGCGGCUGGUGAAUGAGGAAAAGUUGUGCUGAUACGCCUGUUUUUCAUUUUCCUGUUUUAAAGGUCGAGUAUGCUUUCAGCGUUCACUUUUUAAAGAGAUUAUGAUGGGAUGAGGAUACAUUUGAAAUCAAUUAUUCUAUAUUAAUAAUCCAUGCAACAAGAUGCAAGUUAAUUUAUUCAGGGUUUAUAUAUUUUUCUUGCGAAGUAUAUAUACGAUCAGUAUAAAAGUAAAACUUAAUGAGACUUUCAAAUGAAUAUAUUAUUUCAAUCAUUGAUCAAAACAAGCUUAGCCCCCCUGUUUAUGCGCUUGACGUACAAUUUCUGCAAUUAAUUAUUGUUCUGUGGUUAUAUAUGGCCAUAUUAUAACAUAACCAUAUGGACGUCUCGAUCCAAUGGAAAUGUGCUAUAAUAGGCGUCCUUUUCAUUGUAUUAAAUUGCAUUUUAAAUCGCCAGAUGAAAUAUUUCGGAACUAACUUGCCCAAACCGAUGCGGAUUUUUCAGUAUGUCAAAUUAACGGGGUGCUAAGCAAAAUGCUGAAAAUUUAUUAUUCUGAAUAUGAUACCUGCUAUAACACAUUUUAUAAAUUUACAUAUAAGUAUAUCGUUACUACGUAGCAACAUAAGAAUCAGUUAAUAAUUUCAGCAAUUAAGUCCUAUAGUUUCAAAAAUCUUACCUGUAACGUGAUUCAUCAAUGCAAGGCUUCACCUGAAGAACAGUUUACAGUUGUAAUUAUGAGAGAUAAGAGAUAAGAUAUAAACUCUUUAAAGUAGUAUUAAGUAUACCGUGUAAUUGUUAAUAAAUAUUCUAGGUGUAUUUGUAACUUUUUAUUCAUUUCCCCUAUUCCGAAUAUAUCGCAUAUAAUAUAUUAAAACUACUCUAGCUUCGUUCCAUGUGUUGCUAAAUCGUUUUUAAAUACCUACAGUUUACUUGUGUAAAGCUUUGCGUAUGUUUAAGGGUGGAACAAUUUUACGGGGCCCCCGCCCGCGAAUGUGUUGAUUUUCAGACCGGCUCGAGGAUACACAGUUUUCAGAUAAAAUGUCGGGCUCUGGUCACUAUUUUUUUACUGAAGAUCAUGAUCCAUCCAAGGAGUUCAUGGUACUGACUUAGCUUUCUAUCUUUAAAAUAUUGGGAAUUUGAUGUAAGUUUGAGGCAGGAAAUUUAGGAGUAUGACCUCUAAAAUUUUUACGAUCUCUAUUGUUAUCGAGCAUUCUAGAAGAGCUAUGUUGGCUAUAAGAGAAGUCGGUAUCAUGAUAAACUUCAAGUCAACUUUCUUGGCCUGGUGUUAUAUUUGUUAAAAUUUGAAUUGGAAAUUUGUAGUAAUUUUAUCCAAUGUUAUUGUU